UGCAGCCGUUCUCUCCGAGCGUCUGUCAUCCUUUCACUCUGAUCCACUUCCCAGGCUUGCUUUGUCCCCUCUUCCUUGGUCUUUUUCUAGCGAGCCGCAUUGUAAACUCGUGUACAUCUGUGCAUGCCCGAGGAACAUGCAUUUCCCGUCGCAAUCAGCGAAAGGCGCUGAUAGCUUCCUUGUGACACGAGUUUCAGCUGAACGUUGUACAGGCACGCGUACGGUUCAAGAACAGCUUAGGGCCUUGGAGGCCAUCCAAUACCGGUUCUCGAGUACAACGGACCUAGUGACUUAGGAGCUUUUUCACAAUCCCUCACACGACCUGCUAUGAUUCUGACGUGCUCGCUGGUUGGCAGAGGAUAUCGGGCUAAGACGGGGUUUCUUGAGUGGCUCACGGCCCCUCUACUCGGUAGUCCGCUGCCCGAGUACUAGUUUGUUUAUUACCUGCUAAAAGUCGAAUAUACAAUCGAU